UUGUAUCUUGUUUGCUGUCAGUCAAAUAACUACGCGGAAAAUAUUGAUAAGUCACUCUAUAUAUUAUUUUGUUUUGUCUCGUGUAGGACACGACCGAUCCGUACCGAUUCUUUGUAGAGUUGCCUUCUGCACCAGUGUGUGUAAAGGCAUCGCUAUCAACGGAUCGUUAUAUAUCCAGCGCUAUUCUAAAAUUCUAAUUACGUAUUAAAUUUUGGUACCAUGAAGGCCAUAAUACUAGCUUUGACGAGCCUCCUUGCUCUGUCUGCGGUGUCAGCAGAGUCCUGCUACAAUGAUGUGUCUAUGGACUGCGGCCAGGCUUCCAACAGCUUGGCCCUUCCCAGCUGUAACGCAGUGUACGGCAACUACGGUCGCCUAGGCAACGUGGCAAUAGAGAUGCAAGCAUACGCCAACCUGCAUUUGCGCAGAUCCUACGAAUAUCUCCUCUCUGCGGCUUACUAUAACAACUACCAGACUAACAGACUGGGCUUCAGUAAACUGUUUAAGAAGUUGUCUGAUGAGACUUGGGAUAAAACGAUUGAAUUGAUCAAGCACAUUACUAAAAGAGGUGGCACCAUGGACUUCUCUCGCAGAAGCACCAAGAAGAUAGACGAGAGGAACUCGACCAUUGAGCUCCAAGAGUUAGAGUCACUCGCUCAUGCUUUGGACACACAAAAGGAGAUAGCGGAACGGGCCUUCCAUAUUCAUCAGGAGGCCACCAGGAACAACAGGGAGACGCAUGAUCCUGAGAUCGCCCAAUACCUUGAAGAGGAAUUCAUUGAAGACCACGCCAAAACAAUUAGAAACCUCGCCGGUCACACGUCCGACCUCAAGCAGUUCAUUAUUGACAAUGAGGGACAAGACCUUUCACUCGCCUUAUACAUCUUCGACGAGUACCUCCAGAAAACAGUUUAAACGUCAAAAUUCUACUAUAAACUGUCAAAUUUCUACCAUAAACUGUCAAAUUAUUACCAUAGACUACCAGACAUGUCAAAUGUCUACUAAAAAUGGUAGAAAUAUUUUAAUCAUUAUUAUAUUAUGUACAAAUUAUAGGCUGUUUGAUUUUAUUGAAAUUUUUAAAUAUUUCUUUGUUAUAGCAAAGAUUUGUGAUUUUUUAUUGCCAGUUGAAAAAACCUCCACUCAUUUAGUAGAAUUAAUUUAAAGCUGGUAACAUUUAUAGUGCGUACAAAAUAGGCUGUUUGAAGAUCAAGCGUAAAAUUAUAUUUCUUUUGUACAAUAGAUUAGUUUGAAUAAUUAUGAAAUAAAUUAAAAUAACCCAUCA